AGCCAUGCGGGUAGAAGAGAGUGGAUCACGUGAACCACAAUGUAGCCUUGUACUGUACUGUCUGUAGUUGUAGGUGCACAUGCAUGUACCCGAACCGGAUCGGAGUCAGCUGAUCGCGUCUUCACUCAUAUCAUACGCAUACUCAUGGGCCAUGCACGGCUUCACCCGGCACUCCGUACACUACCAGCAUUGUGCUACUACUACUAGUACUAGUGCACUAGCACUGUGUCUGUAGAUGCACGGAGCCCGGCUCGCUCUCGAGACUUGGAGCUGCUUUCGAUCUCGAUCUUGAUCGGACGGUGAUCAAUCUGAGAACGCGUGGUGAUCGUGGUGAUGGCACUGAUGAGAUUGGCGGCUGGUCUAUUGUGUGUUGUACACAGUCAUCGCGGCCGGGGAGGGCGAAAGCAAUUACCCAGCUAUUGUCGGACAUACGGACAAAUAGCCCCGGUGGAGUAUAAAAGCCGGAGAGGGAAUGCAACGUCUUCAUCAUUGGCUCAGCUGCAAACCCUGUUCUGGUUUGAGACAAGUGCCUUGGUGCUCAGGAUAUCGUCGGGACAGACUGACUUCCUAUUUCUAACCUCUAUUCCACGUAUUCACUUAUACAUUGUAGCUACAGCUAGUUGCAGAAUUCAGAAUCAAAGAUGGAACAAGCAGUACUCUAUUCUCUUCUUGUACUCUGCUUCGCCGCAAUGGUGUCGGCAAAGUGUACGAAAACCGGCGAGGAGUGCAGAGAUUUACUCCGCUCUCGGCCUCCCUUUGUGUACAGGGAUCGUCUUUCUUGCCACCGGUACAGUGCUAUGCGUACGAAAUGCUGCGGCGAGCCGCACAACCCUCGCGUGGCCUUGGCCUCGGUCUGUGCACUGUCCGGGACUGAUGCCAUGGAUACUGGCUUUGACAGGCCGCAGCUGGAUUCGGCCUAUCCGGUUUAUGGUGACCAAUGUCGAUCGGAGCAGGAACGAUCCGUCAUAGUGCAACUUUCAGAUGUGUGGGGAGAUGCGUCAGUUGGGCAGGCCAAUAGCAUCCGUCAAGGACGCCUCAACGUCUGUCUGUAUCCAACACGCAACCAGAGUGGACGCCAUCGUGUCACUCUCAGCGCGCGGGCUUACUUCAAACCCGACCAGCAUAUCGGCACAAGCAAUCCGACCAAAUUCUUAACAGGCACCAAGAACGGUGCGGUCCCGAAAUGCGGACAGCGGCCCAUUACGGAGAAUUGCCGCUUCCGCAACGAGAUCGGCCGGAAGCUCUACGAAGAUUGCGUGUGGAAGAAGAUAGACGUAACAGAUGCGAUCAAACAGGCGAUACAGAAGAAACAGAGCCACGUCAAAUUCGUUGUGAAAAUGGAUCAAACGUCAUUGGGGCAAAGCACGGAGCAGCAGCCGACUACUUGCUUUUCGUACAAUGGGCCAACACAGCAAGUCGUGCAGGACUCCACCCGACCGUUCAUUACCUUCAAGUACCGCAAAUGGAAUCUCCGCAAGCACCUCAAUGUCCAGAUCAAUCGCGCUCCGGACAAUACCAAGAUGAGCUCCUGCGACUUUGGAGGAAAGUGCCAACUGCGACGCAUCACGCUGAACUUUACCACCCUGGCCAAAAGCAGCGACGACUUCAGCAUAAUGGAUUCCGAGAGGGUCACCCUAGCUUCCGGCUUCUACUACAAUAUAUGCGCCGGACACUGCAAUGCCAAAGAGAAGGAAGCUACCUCUAUCGGUGAAAUCUACGACCAGCCACAGAACACAUGUGCUACUGUCUACGACUCGGAGCCUAAGAAGAUUCACGGUAGAUACAAGUGGGAACAUGGCGCGGUCACCAUGCAUUUCAAGCAGUGGAGUGCAAAGGAGUGUUAUUGUAACACCUAUGCUAAUGCUACCAGGGAGAUGCUGGAUACGGAUAAGCCAGCGGCGCAUCCUCUGCUCACGUCCACUUCUUGACAAUGCUGUUCUCACCUAUGACAGCGUUCUUCACACCAGGGUAAAAGCUGGAUUUGCCGGUGUGGGCAGCGUAGCUCUUGCUCAGCUCUGCGGUGAUGGAACGACAUGAUCUGUACAAAAAGUUCCGUACCCAGACUCACUGCUGCUAGCAUUGUUCUACUGCAAGUCAUGUACGUAUAUUCCAUGCCUUCGUUUUUUGAUACUCAUGUACACAGGUAGUUAGCAAACAUAUAUGUAUAAAUUUUACAUGUGUACAUCUAUGUACAUCAGCAUGCGUGCGAUACAUUGCAAGCACAGUAUUCACUAGUAAUAUAAUUAUAACCUUGCAUGGAGAACAACUGUGUAAUAUCAGGUCAAGCCGCGCGCGGUAGCACUGCAAAUAUUUACCGGUUAGGAGUGUAUAUACAUGUACAUGUACAUUCAAGUUGUCUAUAACGUACAGCAUUAUUGACGUGUAUCUUCAAAGUUCAGUACUAUUUCCAGCCUCAUGCUUUUACCACCGAAACGGGCAAUUCACGUACAAUUUAGUAUGAACAGGCAUUCAAAUACGUUCUUCAAAAGUUCUAUAAUAUUAUUAUUAUUAUUACAUGUACAGUUGUUGUACAUGAGCUCCGUCCAUCACAACAAACCUUGAGCACUCUACUAGUAGCAGCUAGGUAAAGCCGGACUGCCGCCGUGUAUAUUUACAUUUGUAUGCCGUUUGUGUCUUUCCCUCAAACUAGUCAAGAUUUGUACAUGUAUAUGAGGAUAUUUAGUUAUUUACUGCAGGCAACGUCCAUCGCUAUCUCAAUUUGCUGCAGGCAACGUCCAUUGCCGUCUCAACGAAUGUACACAGCAUGUUUCUUUGAUGU